AUGUUUAUAUUCUUUUCACUUCUACACGCAACUAUUCUACCCGACAGAUGUGCAAAGGCCGGGAUGAUUGCCUUAACGUUCGACGAGGGGCCUACAGGUUAUACACCAGCCAUUCUGGAGACACUCAGGGAUGAGGACGUAAAAGCAACGUUUCACUUUACCAUACAGAACGUUACAAGGGGCAAUAUAGCAGAGCAUAUGCGUGAGGCUGUUGAGGACGGGCACACAGUAGGUCUACGCGUUAACCCGACGAGGAAUUAUGAUGAGAUGGAUGCUGGUGAGAUUAAAGAGGACAUAGACCAGCAGAUCAGGGCCAUUCAAAAUGAGACAGAGACGAAGAUAAGGUUUGCCCGCGCACCCGUGGAUGCGGGAGAAACUAACGCAGAAGUGUACAACGCGUUGAUGGAGAAGAAGAUAAUACAGUCAAACUACACGUACUGCCUGUACUAUGAGGUAGAGGAUGUUGAUGCUGCCAGAGAGUACCUGAACAAGGUGUUUAACGCCAGCAACCCAAAGUAUGAUUCGUUUAUCUUCCUUUUGCACGAAGAGCGCGAAAAGGACUUUCCUAUCCUGCAGGACAUAAUAACACUUGGAAAAAAAAAUGGGUACAAGUUUGUCACGAUGGACGAGUGUCUGGAUGGGUACAAACCGGGUACGGCAGUUAACUCCAAGGCAUCUGCAAGCAAACUUAAAAGCAGCAGUGCUGCCAACGAUACAUUAAUAGUACCUCUUUCACUCCUGGUAUUUUUAUUGAUAGGAUUUUAA